UCUUCGUCGGGUUCAAUGGUUAUGCUGCUUUGAGUCGAACAACCGUGCGGCUGCCGAAACAGCGGACAACUACCUUUUUGUUGAUAACAAUCAUCUUCGGACUGAUACUGCUAUUUUGGCAGUCGUUUUUAAACUUUCGAUUUGUGAAAUGUGUGAGAUAUGACUAGGUAACGUAACCUACAGGAUUUUUGUUACAGUAUGUGGAAUAGGUACUUCGUCAUUUCUUGGAAGGGAACGCCUGGCUAAGGUUAACGUUAAAGAACAGCUCUCAAUUCCAUUCGCCUUUCAGACAACUUUGCAAACAUGCACAGGACAUUUCCUCAGUGGUUCUUCGAGAUCAUCUGUGUCUUGGUGUUCCUAUACGAUCUUACCGAUUGCAACAAAAACCCCGCCUCCCAGCAAACGUCCCGCUUCUCUGCUUAUGAGGUGACCAUCCCAAAACGCAUAGCAAGACAGAGGAGAGACCUCGACGACCAAGCAACAGACAAGGUGUCUUAUGUCAUCCAAGCCCAGGGAGAGGAGCACAUCCUGGUUCUAGAGAAAAACGAGCAGCUGCUCCCAGCUGAUUUUGCGGUGUUCACAUACGACACAGAUGGCUCUCUCAUCACCCGGAGACCCAACAUGCAGAUGUAUGAGCAGCUGAACAUCCGUGUGGUGUUGGUGGGGCUGGAGAUCUGGACGCAGGUGAACCCCUUCAGCAUGGACGGUAGUGCUGGGGAUGUCCUGGGCCGCUUUGUGGACUGGAGGAAGCAGAGUCUGCUGCCACGCCGUCGCCAUGACAGUGCCCAGCUCAUCUUAAAGAGGGGCUUUGGGAGUACUGUAGGAAUGGCCUUUAUCAGUGCGGUGUGCUCCAGUAACCAUGGUGGCGGCAUCAAUUCGUUCACCAACCACAAGGUGGCCAUCUUCGCUUCCAUUGUGGCUCAUGAGUUGGGCCACAACCUGGGCAUGAAUCAUGAUGAUGACCGCGGCUGUAACUGUCCUGCAAAGAACUGCAUUAUGGGCUCUGGCGCCACUGGGGCCACUAACUUCAGCAGCUGCAGUGCUGAUGACUUUGAGAAGAUGGUUCUGCGGAUGGGCCGCAGCUGUCUGCUCAAUGUGCCCCGGCCAGACGAGGCCUACAGCACGCCCUACUGUGGCAACAAGCUGGUGGACCAGGGCGAGGAGUGUGACUGUGGCUCCGAGCAGGAGUGCAAGAAGGACCCCUGCUGUGAGCCCAAAACCUGUAAGCUGAAGUCCUGGGCUCAGUGUGCCUAUGGGGAAUGCUGCAAGAACUGCAAGUUCCUGCCAGGUGGCUAUGAGUGCCGCAGCCGGUCGGAUGAGUGUGACCUUCCUGAGUACUGCGACGGGUCGUCUGCUGUCUGUCAGAGUGAUGUCUUUGUGCAGAACGGGCAUCUCUGCAGAAACAACCAGUCAUACUGUUACAAUGGCAAAUGCCAGCACUAUGAUGGCCAAUGCCAGGCCUUGUUUGGCUCCAAGGCAAAGUCAGCGCCUGAUGAAUGCUUUGAGAUGGUCAACUCCAAAGGUGACCGCUUCGGAAACUGUGGCUACCACUCCAACAGUUACAGGAAAUGUGAGACCAGGAAUGCCAAGUGUGGGAAGCUGCAGUGUGAGAAUGUGGACUCGGGCACCAUAUUUGGCAUCAACCCCGCCAUCAUCCAAACAACCAUCCAACGCACCAAGUCCAAGUGCUGGGGGGUGGACUUCUCGCUAGGGCCAGACGUGCCUGACCCGGGCGUGGUGAGCGAGGGCACCAAGUGUGGGGAGAACAAGGUGUGCUUGAAUUUUGAGUGCAGACACUCGUCAGAGCUUAACUAUGAUUGUGACAUGAAGAAUAAAUGUAACGGCCAUGGGGUCUGUAACAACAAUAAAAACUGCCACUGUGAUUACGGAUGGGCUCCCCCUUUCUGUAAGGAGGAGGGUUAUGGAGGGAGCAUUGACAGCGGUCCCACAUGGAACGAUAAGGACACAUCCACCAGGGACGGUCUGCUGGUCUUCUUUUUCCUGGUCCUCCCUCUGCUCCUGCUGGGUCUGUAUGUGUUCUUCAGACGGAACGAGCUGCGACGGCGCUUCACCAGGAGGAAUCGUUCACGGGGCUACGAGGCUGAACCGGUGCCUCAGGACAACAGCCAUGUCCCACCCUCCCAGAGAGAAAAUCCCAAUAUCGUUAAAAAUGGACACCAAGUUCAGUUAUUACCACCAGAAGAGGUUGUUCAGACAAAUAGGACCACCUCUGGACCAUCUUAUGCCACGAGACCACCUCGGCCACCUGUCAAGCCCGCUCCUGCUGCAACAUAUCUAGUGCCUCAGAGACCCCCUCCUCCACCUCCUGUAUAGCCCACACACUGCAGAGGUCAAAGUGCGCCGUGGGACGUGUGGUGGCCAAGGACACUUGAGGGAGAAGGGGAAUUGCCUUUCUGCAACACUCCCCCCUCCUCUCAUAGUUCCAUACUGACCUUCCAGCAUGGUCUUACUGCUUCAGGGCACCAGUCAGCUGUCCAACAGAAUCACAACGCUGUCACUUUAACCAGUAAAAACCUCCUGAAAUACGACUCAAGAGUGCAGGGUCAGGCAUCACAAACUCUCGUCCAAUGAGCUGGCUCCUGCCUGGAUUGACUCCAUGGUGUCUACAGCAACAUGCAGAUUGUUUUUUUUUCCUAUUGUUUUGAUUAUUAUGGGCUACACAGGACCACUACUACCAAUUGCACUUCACAGGCUCUGUUCUUGAUACACUGCAAUAGGAAUGUACAGAGAGAAAAAAACACGAGCCACGAUGAAUCAGUGUGGCCUGUUGACAUUGAAUUUUCUCUUUUUUUGUUGUUGUGAUGAGCACUGCUUUUUUAAAGAGUCCUCUAUCCUUUUGUGGAAUGUAAAUCGAGCACCUGCUUUGGACUGCAGGCUUAUUGUUCCAGGUUAAAGGUUAUGCCGCAAGCUGACCAUAUUCUGCCCCAUUUGCAUAUUCGAUGCGUUUUUCUUUUGUACUGAUAACUCACAAUGCUCUCAUUCAAAUCCCAUUUAGAAAAGAUCAAAAGUGUGAGAUGUCACUUGAAUUGACUGUUUUACAACUCACAUAGUCUCUCACAAAUAGAUAUACAGCAUAGUACACGACAUGUAUCCCUACAGUAUACAGCAUGCAUUCUGUCUCUCUCUUUCUCUCCUUUUCAGACUGCCCAAAUAAGGUAGAACCUCAGAGAUCUAGGCCUCUCAGACAGCCUCAACUAUGCACACCUCAGUUAGCAAAUCAGUU